UCCCGCCCAAUCGUCAAUCAUUUUCCUGCAACAUUCUUCGACGCCUUUUCAUUCGUAGUCCUAAUUGCAAGUGGACAGCGUUAGGAUAUCGGUGAGCUGAUGACGAGCAGGACCCUUUUUGCUCCUGUUGAUUUUAUUUUUUAAUUGAAGACACUGUUUCGGUACGGUUUUAAGUACAGAGUGAUACGCAGUUUAACUUGACUAGUGAUAUUUUUAAGUACGUAGCUAUUUUGCGCUUUUUCGAAUAUUUUGACAAAGUGAAUUCAAUUGGUUGUGAAAUAUAUUUGAAAAUAAUAUAUUGGGACGAGUAACAAUGAUGUCUCUAGCGUUCGACGAUUCGCGUAUGUCACUGGACAAUGAUCUGUCAAACUUGUCGCCUUGUAAAGGCGCUGCCGUGCAAAUCAGCCUGCUGUCAUCUACGGAACCUGAUUCGACUUCGGCAAGCGUCGAACCGGAAACAAUAGAGAAAGCCAAGACAAGCAACCAAGUUGUAAAUCUCAAAUCGCAGUCCAAACGGCAGGAAUCUGCAACGACACAUUCCGCUUUCAGUCAAAGUUGGGCUGAUAUGGUCCAAGAGGAAGAGGACGCCAGACAAAACUCGGAAUUGGAAGAAUUAUCAAAAAUUCAGUCCAGCAUGGAACUAGCGGCCACUGAUAGUAAGAUGUCUAUCGAAGAAGUCAGCAGCAGUAGCAGUAUCAGCGGGCGAUCCACCAGGCAGAUAGAAAUUGACAUACUAGAUUCGGCCAAUGUGGAAAAAUAUGAGAAAUUGGUUAUGAAAGAUAUGAUCAAGUCACCAUUCAAACGUCGUCUAUCCGGCGGUUGCGAAGAAGAUGACGACGGGCAUGCCAAAUUCAUCGGGGAGGAAUGCGAUGGCGAUGAGUUGGCGAACAAUCAGCACAAAAAAACGAAGAAGCAUGAGGAUGAUCACGGUCGGGAACGCUUCCGACGGGACAGUUCCAGCUCAGGGGAAGGUAGUAGCAACGGCAGUCAGAAUAGCCGAAAACCGCUGGAGUUCGAAAAGGAUGUUUCUAUUCUGGUUCGCCGUCAAAAGCAAAUCGACUAUGGCAAGAACACACUAGGAUACGAAAGCUAUUUGGAAAAGGUUCCGAGAGAUCAGCGCACCAAAGAUCAUCCUAAAACACCGCCGAAACAUUUCAAAUACAGUCGCCGUGCUUGGGAUGGUCUGAUCAAAGUGUGGCGCAAGAAAUUGCACUGCUUCGAUCCUAAUGUUGUGCCUGGAACCGAUGACUGAAUCUUUCACUGUCAAUAUUAUAUUAACUAUAAUAGUUGAUAAGAAUAAUCGCACUAACCCAGCGAACGUGUGUUGAUACGCAGGUGGACUGUUAUUUUGGCGAUUCAGGAUAUAUGGAGUCUUAAUUCCUUAAGCAAUCUUCCGACUUAAAGGGACCGAUAAUGAGCCCGCGAGAAGUCUGAGAUAAAAUAAAUACCUUAUUAUUUUGUGUUACGAUAAAGCCACCACUGUAAUGUUACACCCGUGUGAAGUUUUGUAAUAAAACAAAAUCAAAUCGUUAUUCAAA